AGUCUCUUUUCUCGCCCUUAUAUGGUUCCAGGCAUGGGACAGCUUGUCAGUCUUGCUAUGUUGCCAGUCCAUGUGAGUUAUUUUUAUGUUUACCACUAUAAGUACUGGUAAGUUAAGAGGUGAAUAUCUCUAUAUUAAUGGGUGAAUUAAGUUAGAUAAUCUGCGAAGUUUUAAUACAUUUUUUCUUUAUGCACUUAAAAGCUUCCAUGUUGAUUAAUUACUGACAUCAUUUCACGUAGUGCCUUAUGAAUAUAAAUUGCUCUAUAUUUUGAAUCUAAUAAAAUUGGUAAAUAUUUGCUAUGACAAAUGAAUGCAAGAAAGAAGAUAAGAGUAUUAAUACUCUACCUUAUUUUAGUUCAGGUCAGGCAUUAAAAAACUUUUGCCUCUCGUGUAUAAAUAUAUAAUGCUAUCUUAGUUCCAAAGGGGGGUUGGUUUUGGUUUGUUUGUUUUUUACAGUCUUGCUAUGUAACUUUGGCUAACCUCAAACUCCUAGCAAUUCUCCUGCCUCAUUUACCCAAGGGCUAGGAUUACAGACAUGCACUGCAAUACCUGUCCACACCUAAUUCUUUUCCAUUCUUUCUUUCCCCACAGUUCAUCCAUGAGCUCAGAUUUCCCACAUUAUAACUUCAGGAUGCCUAAUAUUGGAUUCCAGAACCUGCCUCUCAACAUAUAUAUCGUGGUUUUCGGCACUGCUGUGUUUGUCUUCAUCCUUAGUUUACUCUUCUGUUGCUACUUGAUUAGGCUGAGACAUCAAGCACACAAAGAAUUUUAUGCCUACAAACAGGUUAUAUUAAAAGAAAAAGUAAAAGAACUUAAUUUACAUGAGCUCUGUGCUGUGUGUCUAGAAGACUUCAAGCCUCGAGAUGAACUGGGGAUCUGUCCAUGUAAGCAUGCCUUCCACAGAAAGUGCCUUGUUAAGUGGCUGGAAGUCCGGAAAGUGUGUCCCCUGUGCAACAUGCCGGUGCUGCAGCUGGCGCAGUUACACAGUAAACAGGACCGAGGUCCCCCUCAGGAGCCCCUCCCUGGGGCAGAGAAUAUUGUAUAGCUUGCUGCAAGGAUCAGACUGUUGCUGGACACAUCAGUAUGGACCCAGGAGGAACACAAGCAGACUCUAUUUUGGCUGCUCUCUACCUGGGACACCCACUGUCACUUCCUUUGCCUCAUGAAGAACUCCUGA